GUAGCGAGUAGUGACAUUGAAGUAUCGUGGUGUGUUGGAUCCGACAUCAGUCUGUGGACCCGCGAUAAUGCAUCCAUAAAUAAGACUUGAGGCGAGGAAAGCAGUAAAACUGAUUCACUUUCCUUUCUAGCAACGAGACUUUUAACGGCUGUCUGCACUUUACAUCAUGAAGAUGAUCGCGCGUGGAUGCGUUGGGCUCGUGCUGCUGGUGAAUUUUGUUUUUUCGAUGCCUGUCACCCCAGGACUCAUGGAUCCAAAGGAUGUUAAGGUGAUGAAGUGUAUUGUGGAAGUAAUCACUGAUGUUCUGACCAAACCCCAUCCCAUCCCAGUUUCCCCAGAUUGCCUUAAAAUCCUAAGCACUGAUGACAGGCUUGUGGCCCUCCUUCGCCAUCACAACUUCCUUCAAGAGCUGCAAGACAUUGCUGAGGAAGGGGCCAAUGAGAGAGGCCAGAAACACCCAGGUGACUUACUUGAUCAUGUGACCAGCCUUCCUGAAAACACAAUGAAAACUGCAGAUGAUCAGUCAAUGCUGGUUGCCAUGGAGAAACCAGAAGAGGCUGCAGAGAAAAGAGGAGCCAGUGAGGAGAGUGAGGAGUCAGAGCAGGAGUCUCAAAAAAGAAACAACAUUGCAGAGGAAGAAGAGAAUGAAGAAGAUAAAAAUCUUGGCAAUCAUGUCUCCAUGAACUUGGAACAGAAGAGAGAGUCACAAGAGAAAGCCACAAUAACAGACAGGGAAAAACAGGAGGAAAUGAAGCCCUACAGCUUUGAAAAGAAGGAAGAAAAUGAUCUAAUUCAUCACAAAGAGGGGGCAACGCUUACAGAUGGUCUAGAAGCAAAUCCCGAGGUAAAACAAUCCAUCAUGGAGGACAUCGGCGAGCCUAGAGGACCUGAGGAGGAGAAAACACAUUCAAAAGAAGAGCAGAAGGACGAGAUGGAGGAAAAGAGAGACGCUGGAGCAAAGCGCUGGAAUCGCAUGAGCAAACUGGCCCACAAGAGGGUGGAGACAGGCCAAAACUUAGAAGAGCACAGGGAGACAUCACAGCACUCCAAGGAGAAAAUGGAUCAAGAGGGGGAGCUGUGGAGGAGCCCAGAGGAGAAGGAGCUGCAGCUUAUGGCACAAACUGAACCGGAAGAUAAGAGGGAUGAAGAGGGCAGUGCCAGCAGAAAGACAGAGGAUGCUGAGAUUGAGAAUCUGGCUGCCAUCGAGUCUGAACUAGAGAGUGUGGCUCAGAAACUUCAUGAAAUGAGACGAGGGUGAACCAGACCAGCCCUCCGCCUUUAUCCAAUCUGUCCUUCAUCUCUCCUUCAGUAGAAAGGCAUGGUAACUUGAGAUGAGGUUCUCACCUUCUCGCUCGGUCCACAGCAGUGUAAGCGCCACUGAUUUUCUGCUUCAUCCCUUGUAACAUGAUCAUCCUGAAAGUGACUCCUCUGGUGUAAACCAUUAAGGUCCUGAGGCGAAUCCCAUCAUGUUCUCCCCCAGCUACUGCGCUUUGCUUUAUUGUGCUUGCUAACUGAGCAAAUGUGGGCAUUAAGUGCAUAUAAUGUAAGAUAAUUCUUAUUUACUAAAAACUAACAAGAAUCUCCUAUAAUGUUGACAUUUUAACACACAUGUACACGUCUGAAAGAUUGUAACUGAUGUUAUGGAGUCUUAUGAUCCAUAGGCAAUAAUGUUUAUAUUAGAUUUGGUGAUGAAAAUAAUGAACUGCUUUUUGAGAUUUUUGGCAUUUACUGUAAGAAAAGAAAUAAAGAUUAAACAGAA